GGAGUGCUCAGUUUCCUCAGCCUUCCCUCCCUUUUUCAGGAAGCCCCCUCCCGUGGAGGAGCGGUGGGGAAAUGAACUGACCGUCGCAGCGAAAGAUUUAUUGACCAGAGCAAGAUGAAUUGGAACAACAUUUUGACUGGAUUUCUACAGUUAAAUUUCUUUCAAAUGGUCAUUUCUCAUUGCAUGGUAUAUCAGAUUCCAUCACAGAGCUUUGAAAUGCCCUGUAUACCACUUAGAAUGACAGAGGAUGGUCCUACUUGGCAGGAUGUGCAUGGUACAAUUGGAGACAAUGCUACUGUAUUGGUAGCUGGAGAUAAUUUCUCAUGUUGCCACUGGAGUGAUACAUAUAUGAAUUGUUUUGCGUACACUGCAGAAAUGGAAGCCAAAGCACUUAUUUCUUCAAGAAUUGUUGGUUCAACACUUCAGCAGAUAGAUUCAGUUUGGAAUCUGCAGUUUUGGACUAAUGAAACCACAGAAGAAUUGUUUUGUAUUGUGAAAUUAUCUACUAAGUCACCAUAUUUGAAUGAAGACUUUACAGUUAAUCUAUUGCAUGCAUUAACAAAUGCAUCACUGGAAAGUGCUUCUACAAAUUUACUAAAGGAAAAUUCUACAGCCAUUCACUGUAAUAUUCUAAAAGCCCAAACAUAUGAAUGUCAGAUAUCUUCAAUAAAAUUGAAUCAUAUUUACAUUAUGUGGCUCAAGAUCACAAAUGGAAAUAUAUUACUGCAGUCACCAUUGAUGUCAGUCAAGCCUAUAGAUAUUGUAAAACCUGACCCUCCGUUAUAUCUGCAAGUUGAAAUGACAGACACAGGACAAAUAAAAAUCUCUUGGUCUCAACCAGCAUCUAAAUCCAAUUUAUUUCUGUACGAAGUGAAAUGUUUUACAAACUCAACUAAAAGUUUUCAACAGGUGGCUGAAAUUACCAUGGGAACAUCGCUGAUUAUAAAUAAUGAGUUACUCGAAUCUUCAUAUAUAAUUCAGGUUCGGUGCAAGAACCAUCAGGAAUUAGGUCUUUGGAGUGAUUGGAGCUCACCUUUUAACAUGGAUCUACAAGAUGUCAUGUAUUUCCCUCCCAAACUCCUAGCAAGUGUUGGAACAAACAUUUCUUUUUAUUGUGUUUAUAAAACCAAAGACAAAAUUAUCUCAUCGAAGAAGAUAGUCUGGUGGUUGAAUUUAGCAAAAGAAAUCCCAAGUAGCCAGUACACUUUUGUGAAUGACUACACUAGCAAAGUUACACUUACCAACUUGCCUGCAAUGAAGCCUGGAGGAAAAUUUCUUUUUAAUGCUUUAUACUGUUGUAAUGAAAAUAAGGAAUGUAAUCACCGUUACGCUGAACUAUACAUCAUAGAUGCUAAUAUCAAUAUCACAUGUGAAACCUAUGGCAACUUACAAAAAAUGGCGUGUUCCUGGUCCAUCAACCCAGAUCCAAUACUUUUGGAGAGUACUUUGCUGUUAAGAUACUACAGGAACGAUAUAUACUGUUCAGAGUCUCCAAGCAUGCAUACAGAUUCAGAGGUGAAAGAAUGCAAUUUGCUUAAGAAUAAUGUUUAUGAGUGCAUCUUUCAACCCUUUUACCUUCUGUCUGGAUACACUAUGUGGAUAGAGAUUAAGCACUCACUGGGAACAAUUACAUCAAAGCCAGUAUGUGUCCUUCCAAAAGAAGUAGUGAAGCCAUUCUCUCCCUUCAGUGUCAAAGCUGAGAUUACAGAGGACACUGGGCAACUGAAUGUGAGUUGGAAGAACCCUGAACUUCCAAAGAAUGACCUUCAGUUUCAAGUUCGAUAUGUGACUAGCGGAGAAGACAUUAACUGGAAGAUUCAGGAAGUUCCUGCUGUAUCAGUUAGCUCUGUGAGUAUUGCAGUACAAGAUCCCUGCAUAGUUUACAUUAUACAGGUGCGCUGCAGGAUGACUGAAGGAAUUGGCUAUUGGAGUGAUUGGAGCAGAUCUGCUUAUACAGUUGUUAAGGAUAUCAAAGCUCCUUUGAGAGGACCGGAAUUCUGGAGAGUUAUUAAUGAAGAUCCCAUUAUGAAUCAGAAAAAUGUCACUUUGCUUUGGAAGCCACUGAUGAAGAAUCUUUCUUUAUGUAGUGUCCUAGACUAUGUAGUAGAGCAUAAUACCUCAGAAAAUAUGGCUUGGUCUGACUAUGUAGAAAAUGACACUACUUAUACUUUUUCAUGGUCUGAAGAUAUACAUUCUGUUAAAAUUCUAGCAAUCAACUCAAUUGGACCUUCCUCUGUGAAUUUUAUUUUAACUCUUUCACAACAAAUCAGCACAGUAAACAUUCUGCAGUCUCUGAAUAUCUACCUAAUGAACAGCAGUUGUGUAAUAAUGUCCUGGACACUUUUACCUAUGGAUUAUGUGGUUACAUCCUUUGUAAUUGAAUGGACCAAUCUAAAUGGAGAAGAACCAAUUAAAUGGAUAACAGCUCCUUCUAAUGUUAGGAGGUAUCAUAUAUUUGAUAACUUCGUACUCAUUGAGAAAUACAGAUUUAGUUUAUAUCCGGUCAUUAAUGAAGGAGUCACAAAACCUGCGAUAACAGAAGGAUUUUCCAAAGAUGGGAUUGAAAAGCAACAUGAUGUGAACUUCUAUGUGAUUCUACCCUUAAUGAUUUCAUGCUCAUUUCUGCUGCUUGGAGCACUGUUGAUUUUGCAGCAUAGAAUUAAGAAAUUAUUGUGGGUUGAUGUCCCAAACCCGAAGAAUUGUUCCUGGGCACAAGGAGUUAAUUUCCAAAAGAGAAUGGACAUUCUUUGAAGUCUAAUCUUGGUCACUGCCCGCUGAACCAUUGUUCCAGCUCCCAGACUUCCUUUACAAGUUGUUAGAAGAAUUAUCUAUUUGAAUUCAGAAGACAGAAUUACUUUCCUAUCAUUUCAUUGUCUGCCGACUUUGUUCGUACAUAAUAGUGUUGGAAAUAAUUUUGUACAAAGGUUAUAUUAAUGGUAUAUCAUUCUAAGAAUACUAUUUUUCAGCAAGGACAGGUUUUGUUGUGUAAGAGGAACACUUGAGGAUUCAAGGACAGUAGGUACUAUGUUAUAUUCCUUAAUAUAUUAAGUUCCUGUAGAAAACUCUGAUUAAGUAACCUAAGCUCAAAGAAUAGUCUGGGCAAACUAUCCUUAUGACUGGGUUGAAUGAAUAAAGCUGGGAUUAUAUGAUAGCUGGGGAAUGUUCCCGGCACCUGAUUUAGAAUAUAGAUAUAGAUAUAAAGCAUCAUGUCCUAAAGCCAGCGAUAUCAAAGUGUCUUUAAUUCUACACAUUUUCCUAAAACUAUUUUGUUUUCUAAAUAAGCAGGUGCUUAUUAUGGAGCAUGUUUCUUACUCAGAGCAUCAUAUGCUGAAUCUUUAUAAGCAACCAUUUCAUAACCGCCACAUAUAUGUACCUAAGACAUACUCAGUGUAGGUACUUUUCCUGAUUAUAGGUAGUCUUCGACUUAACAACAAUUUAUUUAGCGACCAUUCAAAGUUAUAACGGCACUGAAAAGAGUGACAUGACAUUUUUCACACUUAUUGUUGCAACAUCUCCAAGGUCACAUGAUUUACAUUCAAAUGCUUGACAGCUGGUUCACAUUUAUGAUGGUUGCAGUGUCCAGGGGUCAUGUGACCAUCUUUUGCGACCUUCUGACAAGCAAAGUCAAUGGGGAAGUCAGAUUCACUUAACAACCGUGUUACUAAUUUAACUAUUGCAGUGAUUCACUUAACAAAUGUGGCUAGAAAACUCAUAAAAUGAGGCAAAACUCACUUAAUAAAUUUCUCACUUAGCAACAUAAAUUCUGGGCUCAAUUGUGGUCGUAAGUCAAGGACUACCUGUAAUUUAAUCUCUCAAUUUCACAUUUGCUGCACCAGUUUAAAAGCCGCUCUGGAUUUCCAUAUUCUCACUGUGUCAACAGGAUUGGAGAAUUUAGCUUACUAUUUUCUUGUGAGAGGAAACACUUACCUCAUCCCUCCUUCUGAUUCCUGACAGAAAUUAGUUACAAAGGGAAUGCUGGCUUAAUGAUUUUACAGCGAAUAAACAAAGAUGACACUGACAAGAGAUCAGAUUUCUUCUCCACCCCAGAUGGAAAAAUGCCUGCAAGGCACUGGAGGACUGCAGCAGCUUGGCCAGGGCAAUACUUGUGUUUCAUAUUAGCAGAAGGAAAGACAGCUAGGCCUACAAAUUGCUUCAGUGGGCUUUGGAAGUGAGAACAGUAUGACUUUGAUGUGUCCUUUAGUUGAAUUGUGCCAAGAAGCAGGGAAGAAUAGAGUAAAUGUUUUAGACAGACAAGACAAUGAAAAUUAUUAAAAGGAAAAACAACCCUAUUUAGUUUAUUUUAAAGUGUGUAUAAACGGCCUUCUGAAAUUCCUCCUAUAUUUGUAGUCAGUGGGAGAAUCAUUUUAUCAGACUUUCCAAUAAAAGUGAAAUUGUUUAAUAAUGUCACUGGCUCUAUGCCAGUGGUCUCCAACCUUUACAGCUCAGUGAACAAGCAGAGACGGCACAGGCUGCAGUGGCAGGGGGGAGAAAGGGAUGGUUUUGUGUGGGUGCAUCACUUUCACAAAUGCAGCAGUGCAUGCACACGCUCAUCCACCACUUCCAUGGCCUGAUUCCAGAUGAGCUGUGGCCAGUGGUGGGAUUCAGCCAGUUCGCACCACUUCGGGAGAACCAGUUGUUAACUUUCUGAGCAGUUUGGCAAACUGGUUGUUGGAAGAAAUCAUUAGGGCAGAGAACUGGUUGUUAAAUUAUUUGAAUCCCACCACUGGCUGUGGCCCAGGGCUUGGGGCAACAUGACAUAACUUGGUGUUUUCAGAAGGUCAUGAAUUUUGCAUCGUUUCAGGUUAUUAUUGGUGAAGGCUACCACAAAACGUUAUGAAUUACACUAUGGCAUCCAUUACAAAAUGGCUUUCCCCGCCAAAAUGGUUAGGUAAGGGGAUAGAGGCCAAAAAACUGUUAUCUGCUCUAGUUGGUAGAAACUGUCCCUGAGAUUACAGUCAGAGAAUGGGAAACGGGAAAUUAAAUAGAAUAGAACUCCUAUAUAAAAUUCUAUAAAAAUGCACUCAAGUGGCAUCUUUUAUAUUCUAUGAAUUUUCAAUCUUAAUAUAACAGAAAGUUUGAAAACUCAGAAAUAUUUAAAAGCUUAUUUAGAAGGUACAAACUUAUUCUAUUUCAUGCUAAACGCAAUACAUACAAGGGCCAUGCAGCUUUUGCUGAGACUAUUCUACAACAUUUAACAUCAUAUUCAAAAUAUUUUUGAAAUGAAAUUUAUGAAUAUUCUGAAAGCUUUAUUUCUGAACAUUUUAGCUUUUAUUUGGUCUAAUUCCAGUGAUAAUUUUAUCUUUUGUUUUAGCUUGUUUACGUCAUUAAAAUGCUAUCAUAUAAAAAGGAAGUGUUGACAAUGAACAGAAGGACAUAUAAAUGAGCAGAAUCCUUGUCCUGAUUUCUAAUUUUUUUUAGGGCACUUGGAAAAGAGCUGUAUAUUUUGAAGUAACUUCCUAAAGCUAUAAAAGAAAA